CUCGUUUUCACGGUGUUUACUUUAGCCAUACUUUUGCUUACAUGGUGACGUUGCCGGUGUUCUCUCACUGACGUUGUCGCGAACGCGUAUAAUGAAAUAAUUACUUCGAUAUCAGUAUUUCUUCAGAGUCGCACACACGUAGCGUUCGCCGCUAGCUACAUUCAGAUAUUUAUUACUUCACACUAAUAGGAUUGGGUGCCGAUUAUUCUUAAUCGUUAUCGUCACUUUUACCUUCAAUAUGAUGGUAUUAUUUGUACAAGUGUAACGUUGAACGUGAAUUGUGAUAAAAUUGUGUGUAAAUUAACGGCACCAUGAGGUUGUUUUGAGUGAUGCUAGUUUUAUUUAAUUACUGCAAACUGUAAUUGUUCAUCGAGUAGAAAAACACAGCCGCAAACAUGGAUAGAUUUCGACAGAAGUCGAAAAAAGAAUCACCAAUGAAGCACGUCGACAAAGAUAAAUCCAGCCUUUUCAUUGCCGAUGUCAAAUCCAUGAAGGAGAAUAUCAAAAUAAGGGAAAUAUUACGAACUGUAAAAAUGAAUAGUAGUAUGAGAAUAAAGGCUCCUCGUGGAAGUAAAAUAAUGCAAAAUAAAGAUUUCAACGAUAAUGAUGACUUCGAUGAGGCCCAAAAUAGCGAAGGAGCUUCUGAUAGGGAGCCACACAGUGCAAUUAACCAGGAAAUGAUGAAGACAGUAGAUGAUACUGUUACUGACACAUUAAAUGUGGAAACCAGUGAUCAACAGAACUGUGGUAGUGAGGACGACGCAAAUAACGAACGAAAAGAGAAUCCAGAAGAUUCUCCGUAUACAGAACAAAACGUUCCCCAAAUUGAGACGCCAAGUGAAAGUGCAGCAAGUGAUGAAGUAGAUGUAAAUAGUGACCAUAAUUCUGAAAAAAUUAAAAUUGUUAUAACGUCUAGAAGUAACGAUAACUUAGCAGUCGACCCUGCUGUUUCACCUGAAAUUGCAGCAUCAGUCCCAAAAGGCAAGCUUACACAGUGUCGUGAAAGAAAGUUAUCACUCGAUCAAACGAUGCUGAAUAGGCGCGAGAGUUUCUCUCAAUCGGAAUUAGAUCUGCACUCAAUUGGAAAGUCGCCUUUGGAAAGAAAAUCUUCGUUUUUCAGGAAGAAAAUGGACAGUUUCCUGAAAAAUACUACGGAGAUAUUCAAAAGGCAAUCCUCGCACCUGUCACGACGGGGGUCAAUAUCAGUUUCGUUGCAAUCGUUGAAUGAAAAGACUAACCUUGAUAGCGAAAAUAAAACCUGUGAUAAGAUGAGUAGCACGACCAGCCUUCGGUCAUCUUCGACAGUGGGACGCAGCGACUCCAGCCUCUCGGCCAGCCAGGGGGAGAGGUUGGGCCAAACAGACAGCCCUGCUGGCACCCAGCCGGGCCUCAGCGUCAGCCAGCCCCUCGACCGGUCCACGGAAAGCAUUAACAGUCUAAGCGAGUCCUACAUCCAGGAUUCCCUUCUGAACUCCCGCGCGAUAUCCAUGAGCUCGGGCCUAGACACUGCUCACGGGGCCAGAGUGCGGAAAUCUAGAUCUAACCGGGUCACUUGGCUGGCAAGCGAAGGUCUCACCAACUACCUCCGGCGCGUCAUCCAAGAUGAGAAGAACCGAGAGAUACAAGGAUGCCACUCCUACCAGGACCUGUCCAGCAUACCUGAGAACCACUAUGGAGUGGUGACGGACAGCAAGGGCCGCAGGCUCUCCUACCAGCGAGCGGUGUCGGGGGAGGACCCGGUGCUCCCUACGAGGUACCAAGACUCCAGUCUAAGGAAGAAACUAAUCCCGGAAAAUUGGGAGGCCAGCUUCGAGCUCGCCGGGCAGUUGGCGGAGUUCUCGAGGAGCGGAGUGCCGCCCCUCCAGGGGUUUCACAUCGCCAAUGUGCCGGACGAGGCCUUCGCGUACCUGCUCUGGGCGGAGCACGUCGAGAACUUGGAGAACGUCUAUGAUUGGAAGAAGUUGUCUCCGAACGAGGAAGCGCGGCAAGCUGUGAUCCGUGAGCUAGUGACCACUGAAGCAGACUACAUUCGGCAUCUCAUAGCCAUCGUCGAGGUGUUUAUCGCUGCGGCGCACGCGCUGCAGGACAGCGGCAAACUCCUCGACGUGGACACUGAGAAGCUGUUCUCCAACAUCCCUGACGUGCUGAACGCCAGCCUCUACUUCUGGGAGUACACCAUCUAUCCCAUGCUGUUGGAAUCCUUCGAGAACAAGACGCCUUUCAACACCGAACUGAUGUCGGCUGGAUUUUGCCGUUUCCGCGACCUGUUCCAACCGUACGAGAAGUUCGUCAUCGAGCAAACUAAAGCGCUGGAUUAUCUCCGCUCCCUAUCAACUAAUGCUGAUUUCAUGACCUACCUCACCUGGUGUCAUGGCCACAAGUCUUGCAAUAGGCUGCAGCUCUCUGACAUCAUCAUUAAGCCCAUGCAGCGCCUCACCAAGUACAGCCUGAUCCUCAGGAGGAUCAUUACCCACACCGACACCGAACCUGAACACACCAACCUUAUUGCGAUGGAAUCCUUCGCCAAGAACUAUGUGCUCGACCUGAAUCGUGCUAUUCGCCAACGCGAAGAGCUGGAGAAGCUUGAUGCUGUAGCGAACUCCAUCGAUAUCUACGAACUAGAUUUCAAGGACGAAGACUUGGAGCGCUAUUUCCGCCUGUACUCUGCGAUAAACCUGAAGGCACCAAUGGUGAACUGUAUGCCCACCCACAGUCGCACCUUGAUUCACCAGGGUGAUCUUCGCUUCAGAGACAGUGCAAAGGAGAUAGAGGUCCGAGCCUUCCUCUUGACAGACAUGCUUCUUAUUUGUAAAAAACUAUCCAAGGGCGCUGCCCUCCCCUACAAACUAAUCAGGCCGAAGUACAUGGUGGAUAGAAUGAUGCACUUCCCAAAGUUCCAGUCGCGCCCCACUGGCAGGGAAAUCAUGGCUUUGCUGUUCGUUGUGGUUGAUGACGUCGGCACCGCCUUCCAGAGCUUUGCUCUCACAGAGACAGCGAAGGAUGCUAAUCCUCACUUGACGCUGAAGCUGUGGGAGCAGAAGCUUCGGGAGGCCAAACUGACGUACGAGCUUGGCGUCUGGUUUGCGAAGAAUCCAUCCAGGGAUAUCUCAGAAGUGGACAUGGACUCUUCAUCAGACUAUGCCGCCAGCAGCGUCAGCGGGCCUCGUCCGAGCUCCGACGACGCCAACAUCGAGCGAGAGGCGCGAGAACGCGUGGCCGUGAUGCUGCACCGCUGCAUGGGCGUCUCUACGGAGUACGACUUCUCUCAGGGGUCCAUGAACACCGACUCCUUCGAUGCAUCUUGCGCAGGCGCUGCGUCGGGCACCAGCGGGCGAGGCUCGGCGCUGCACAGCCUGCGGCACCCCAUGCACCGCACCUCCACCGGCGGCAGCUCGCGUAACUCGCGCCUCUCCAGCUUCCACCAGUCCACCAGCGCUGCUUCCCAUGAUGAGCCGCAAGCUGGUCCCAGCUCCAGGAAUCUGUACAAAGCAGGCACCUCCGUAGAACACCUCAUCCCUCCGCAGAACCCGGACGACGCAGUAACAUCCAUCACGGUGAACGUCGUGAGUGAGAGCGAGUCGGAAACCGUGGUUCCUUCUGAGCAGCCCCCUAGCUUGCAGCAAUCACCGUCGCCCAGCAAGUCGGCGGGUAAACUGGCGAGCCGUAGCACGAGCGCGCGCGCACACAACACUCUGCGCGUGCAGCCACAGAGCGGCGUCAUGGCGCUCGUGCACAGCCUGCCCGACCUCACCCUCGACCCCUCGCCGCCACGACCAGCUCAAAGCCCAAGCACCCAGUCCGCGUCCGACAAGCUGUACCAAUCGCACCAGGAGCUGCUCCAUCGCAACCGGCUCUCGGCCGCGCAGCAUCACCAGUACCUGUCUCCCAACCACCGUGGCACCAGCUACCCGCCGCCCAGUCCCACCAGAGCAUCGUUGAAGCGAGGACUCGCUUUCUCUUACUCAUUUAAGAAUCCGCCGCUCUCGAAGAUGGGGCAUGUGAACAGCCAGUCGCAACAGCUGCAAGCCGAAGCUGGACCUUCUGCAUCCAAGGGUGACAAGACAGCCGCGGCAGCUGGGCCGGUAGUGGUGCCAGCAGGAGCAGGAGGCCAGGGAGGACAGGCGGCUGGGGCUGCGGCAGGGGCGGCAGGGGCGGCCGCAGGGCCGGCGGGAGUGGCGGCAGGACCGGUGGCAGGACCGUCGACCGCACCCGUCGCCGGGCCAAGCACGAGCUCUGACAAAGGCGAGAAGGAAAAGAAGUCGAAGUUCAUCAGCAGCAGGAAUAAAGGCGGGCGCUCCCUGAGCCCGGGCCGCAAGGACAAGGAGGACAAAAAGGACUGACACCGGCGCGACCGCUCGGCCGACUGAGCGCCGGGGAGGAAGCGAAAACUACACCUUCGAUGGCUUUAUGAAUGGUGCUGGUAGUUUUCAGACGAGGGUCAGAUAACUCUAAUUUUGAUGUGCUAUAUUGACUUGAUAGAAUAACCCCAUAAUGUUAUUUGGUGUCUAUUAUAAUUAACUAUUAGGAGAUUUAAUCGUGUGAAUAUAUCAAAAUUGUGAUCCCGUAAUGUCACUUGAAACUGUAGCGUUAGCGAUUUUGGGUCUCAGCAUUAAACUUAAGUAGGCUACAUCCUAAUGCAGGUUUACAUGCUAACUCUUUACUUACUACCCACUUUCAAGACAAGAACUACAUAAUAGCGUGUCCACACAUUCCGCCGAGUUUGCCGCCGGCUUUCAAAAUGCUUUGCCAGUAAAAGAUGCAAGGCCGUCGGAUUGGCCGUCGGCCCGGCAUGUUUGGUUACGCCAAUAGAGGUAGUGUACCUUCGUCCUUCACGCAUGGGGAUUCCCCCGUUACCUACUAGAACAACCGUAGUAGUACAGAGUUCUUGUAUCCUCCCUAGCUUCCGGUAAACAUUAGAGACGUCAUCUAUAAUAAAUACAUAUCUAAUAGGACAUACUAUAUUAUUUAUCAAGUACUAUGCACACCGAUAUACUAUUACUAUACAUACUGAUAUUUUAUAGUAACUAGUACCUACCUACCUUUUUCUUUUUUUAAUUAUGAGGACCAUUCACGCAUUUCGUACACUAAUUUACUAUUAUAUUCCAAAAUUAUACAUUUCGUUACCCAAUGACCACUUAAUUAUAAAAAUUACCUAUUAAUUCUAUACUUGACAUAACUUGCUACAAUUUAGCUAAAUCUAUUUGUACUGAAUUUUAACUAAAUGCCUUUAACAUGACAAGAUACAAUAAUUAUUAUUGUAUCCUAUCAUUAAAUUAUUCUAUGAUGAUUUUUACCAAAGUUUCUAUUAACUUAUACCUUUGUAGAAUAAGAGCAUGGAAAGUAGAAAUAUUUCUUGUAACAAAUAAGUAUCUAAAAGUUAAGAAAUAUAAUAAUUUAAUGAUCAAAUCAUACCCAAAUUAGAUAAUUAAGUAUACCUACAUUAAAAUACUUAACUAGUUGUUAAAAGUGAAAUAUUAUGUUAAAGUUGUGGUAGUUAGCAGUAAUAUAUAGAAGUUGUUUAUUUUUCGUAUUUAUCUAUGAAAAACAUUAUUAAAUUUUGCUGUUUGAAACAGCUACUUAUGUGUGUAGAUAAUGUUAAUAUGUACUUAAUUACUAUUAUUCCUGCGUUAUAGCGUUUAGCAAAUAAAAGUUUUGUCUGAUCCGACCAUAAUAAAUGAUUUUUAUUAUUAGUUAAUUAAGGUUUUAGCGAUAGAAUGUUGCAGGGCCAUGGAUAAAUUAAAAAGAAAUAAAUAAUUUAGUUAAUUCGUCAAAAUGUUUCAUCAUUCAGACAUUAGAAUUUUAUUUGCAUCGAGUAAUAAUCACACAUAGUACCUAUCACAUGGAUUUAUUACGAUAAGCUACCUUUAAAGUAACUUAAACUUUUAACUAUAGGUACAUAUAUAGGUAUGUUUAACAGAACUCUGUAUGUUACAUCGAUAUUCUAUAAUUUAAGUAUGAAUGUUUCGAGAUUUCUUUCUCGCUUGGUUUCUAAAAGUGAUUUAAGAUAAAUAGGUACUUAAGACAGAUUUUGAGAGACGGUGAUGCGCCUUGCGAAUGUUGACAGAGAAUAGGAAAAACACUUUUAGUGACAAGUACCUACAAACUAUAUAAAUUUAGCUAAUAGAAUAUUUAACGACUACUUAAGAUAAUUAUAUUUUUUUUUUAAAUGAUUGUAUACGUAAAUUAAUACAUAGUCUUUAUGAAGUAGAUCUAAAUAUGUAUUAUUAUGAAACUUGCCUAAGUUUUAGAGAAAUGGCCAUAUUGCCUUCCUACCUAGGUAUUUCUGAUAAGUUGUAUGAUGGAGUGAUCACAUGUUAACAUAGUAUCUAGAUCUAAAUUACUAAAUUAUUUUUAUUCUGACUCUACGUAGGAAUAGAUACUUACUUUUACUACUACUUAGAUGGUAGAUAUAACGAUUUUAAUUAGGUUUUUCAUUUCAGACCUGACACUACAAUUACCAUGGUCAUCUAAUGGCAUACAACACUUUCAUAACCAGUUACUUACAUAUCUAGGUAUCUACUUACUUCUAAGAAAUCCAUAAUACUCAUUAUAAUUUCUACAUAGUAGUUAUGUGUCAUCUACUAUCUUAUUAUAACCAUAGAAUUUUGCGGGUAGAGUUCAAUAAUAUCACGUUUGUAGAAUAAUAGAUGCGAUAGAAGAAAAUUAAAGGUUUCUGUGAUCAAAGCAACUUUACCACCUCGAGAAGUUGGAUAUGCCUCCACUGUACGCUGUUACGAAAAGGGUCUAUUCCACUUUGAUCACCUGCCUUUGAUCACCCAGGUGAUCAAAGUGGACUUCCAGCGAUCAUUUAGUGUCCUUUGAUCACCCAUGGAUACGAUGCCCUGGGUGAUCAAAGUGGACUCCAGUUAAGUAAAUUGUUAUUUUAGUGUCCUUUGAUCACCUACAAACAAAUCACACCUCCUCUGAAUAGUUACAUGUCCAAUUGUUGUAAGUACAAACAUUUUCUUAAAUUGUCGCUGGAAGUCCAACGAAAAGAUAAGAUUCGUAUAACAUUUACAAACAUAACCAAUGUUCUCGUAUCAUAUUAACGUCCUAGUUCAAUAGUUCAUAUUACAAUGUAUAAAUCAAUUAUAAUAAUAGAACUUCACUAACAUUUACGUAUCCGUAGUUCAAGGAAAAGCAGGAAACCCUAAUGUGAAGAUUUUGACAUUAUAAAUAGGUAAUGUGAAGAUAUUGACAUUAUAAUUAGUGUGAUGAUGAAGAAAUGUUUUACAAGCGAACUACCUAGCACACUAGGUCACCAGUGACUGCUAGAAGUGGCAGGCGUAACUUUUUCGUAAAUUUCACUUGCGGCGUUGUAGAUCGCGCAUGAAAAACUUGCACCGCUACUCAGCCGAAAGCGACCGGACUCCGCAUGGCCGUAUCACUUGAAACCUAGUAAGUGCAAUCUUCGUUCUGCCUCUAGCAAAUACUAGAGUUGUGCUCUUUCUUGCAAUGGAGACUAAAAUGACCUGAUGAUGAAUUAGCAGCAGCACUAAGCAAAUUAACUUUACUAUGGCUACUUAUUUAGACCUUGCCUACCCUCAUAACACUAUUUGUACUGUCAAUAUCUAGACCUUAGUUUGAUUAA